AUGAAAACCGAAUUCGGGUUUUCGAAUUUGAUAGGGACAGUGUUCAACCAGGGUAAUCUCCUUUUUACUCCAGAUGGUUUUUCUAUUUUAAGUCCAGUAGGAAAUCGCAUAACUGUUUACAACUUGAAGGAAAACAAGUCGUUUACCUUACCUUUUGAAAAUAAAAAGAAUAUAUCAAGGAUCGCUUUAUCUCCUCAGGCUACAUUAUUAUUGUCUGUUGACGAAGAUGGUAGAUGUAUUCUUUGUAACUUUGUGAGAAGAUCUGUUUUGCAUUACUUUAAUUUUAAAUCACCCGUUGGUGCCAUAGAGUUUGCUCCUCAUGGCAGAUACUUUGCUGUAGCAUUGGGUAAACUUAUUCAAGUAUGGCGAACGCCAGAAGCUAUAGAUGAGCGUGAAUUUGCGCCUUUCGUCUUGCAUCGCGAAUACACCGGUCAUUUUGAUGAUGUAGUUUCGAUUUCAUGGUCUGCCGAUUCCCGUUUCUUUUUGAGUACUUCAAAAGAUUUAACAGUUCGUAUACAUUCUGUCGACCCUGUUGAAGGGUUCCGUCCUUGCGCUUUGACUGGACACAAGAGUACUGUUGUUUCUGCUUUCUUUUCUCAAGAUCAGCAAACAAUAUAUUCUGUUAGCAAAGAUGGCGCGUUGUUUUCUUGGAAAUAUUCACCUUUGUUUCAAGCUGGCGAAGUAAUAGACGAAGAGGCCGAGGAAAAUAAAGAUCGUACACAUAUUUGGAUGAUUAAGGAUCGCAAUUAUUUUUUCCAGAAUGCUAAUCUUCGUUCGACUGCUUUCCAUCCCACCACAAAUUUGUUAGUGGUUGGAUUUUCGAAUGGCCUUUUUGGUAUCUAUGAAUUACCUUUGUUCACAAUGCUUUAUCAACUAAGUAUCACUCAGUCGAACAUUGAUACUCUUACAAUAAAUAAUACUGGUGAGUGGAUUGCUUUAGGUUCCAGUAAGUUAGGCCAGUUACUCAUCUGGGAGUGGCAGUCGGAGUCUUAUGUACUGAAGCAAUCUUCGCACUAUGAUUCUUUGAGCACAUUGGUGUAUACUCCAGAUGGGCAAAGAGUUGUUUCAGGGGCUGAUGAUGGCAAAAUAAAGCUUUGGGAUAUCACUUCUGGAUUCUGUGUAGUCACAUUUACCCAACAUGCCUCAUCAAUUACAGGAUUGUGUUUCGCCAAGAGGGGAAACGUUCUUUUUAGCAGCUGUCUCGAUGGAUCUGUAAGGGCAUGGGACCUUGUGAGAUAUCGUAACUUUAGAACUUUCACUGCUCCCAAUCGUGUUCAAUUUUCAUGCGUUGCCGUGGAUCCUUCAGGUGAGAUUGUCUGCGCCGGAUCUCAAGAUAGCUUUGAAAUCUUUAUGUGGUCCGUACAAACUGGUCAACUAUUGGAAAGAUUGGCUGGACAUGAAGGCCCUGUUUCGUCUCUUUCGUUUAACUCAUCUGGUAGUCUUUUGGCCAGUGGUAGUUGGGAUAAAACUGUCCGUAUAUGGGACAUCUUCAGUCGCAGCGGUAUAGUGGAGCCUCUCCCUGCUCCGUCAGAUGUUCUGGCUCUCUCUUUCCGCCCUGAUGGUAAGGAGCUUUCGGUAGCUUCUCUUGAUGGUCAAUUGUCAUUCUGGGAUGUACAAGAAGCGAAGCAAACUUCUCUCAUCGAUGGCCGAAAGGACUUGUCGGGUGGAAGAAAAUCAACUGAUGCCCAAACUGCAGAAAAUGCCUCAGGAAAUAAGACUUUUACUUCCAUAUGCUAUUCUGCGGAUGGGUCUUGCGUUUUGACGGCUGGUACUAGUAAAUAUGUAUGUCUUUAUGACAUUGCAACUGGUGUUUUGAUUAAAAAGUUUCAGUUAUCGAAAAAUGAGUCUUUGCAGGGUGUGCUUGAGGUUUUAAAUAGUCGAAACAUGACUGAUGCUGGUUCUAUGGACUUAAUUGAUACUCAAGGCGAAGCUUCCGACUUGGAGGAUCGUAUAGAUAGAACUUUACCUGGUGCUGCUAAAGGUGAUUUGUCGGCUCGUAAAUUACGUCCUGAAAUUCUUUGUCAGGAAGUGCAAUUUUCUCCAAGUGGUGGAGCUUUUGCAGCUGCAACAACUGAGGGACUAAUGAUAUUUUCAUUAAUUAACGAUUUCAUUUUCGAUCCUAUCAAUUUAGAUAUUGACAUUACUCCUGAAACAACUUUGACUGUUUGCGGCGAAGUUAUUGAAAGGGUUUAUGAAUCUAUCCCUGUAGCUGACAUUGACCAUAUUACCCAACAACUUCCGACGACUUAUCUUGCAAACUUAAUUAACUACUUGAGUUCUUUUGCCGCCGAAACUCCUCAUAUUGAGUUCCAUUUAAAAUGGAUGCGUUCGAUAUUGUCUCAUCAUGGUGAGUUUAUAAAGAGGAGAAACUUUGAGUAUGCAAGUCAACUCACUAGUCUACAAAAGUCUAUUGUUGUUCUUAGUAAACGCUUGUCUCAGCUCUCGUCCAAUAAUGAGUUUUCUCUUUCCUUCAUUUUGGACAAAAUGCAAACGGAAUCGGUUGCAAAUGCUUAG